UUCAUGUCGCCUCCCUCACUCGAGCUUCCGUCUGUCAAGUACCUAGUAAAUUACUACAAAAUGAAGCCAUAAUUACUCGAGGCGCUGCGUAGGUAGCGAAAUACCAUUGCUAUUAAUAUGCACACUGUUAAAUGUUGGACUUGUUCCAUGAUGGACCAACGGCUACUUUUGCUAGGGUUCUACUUUGCUACCACCCAUUCUUUGACAUAAAACUAUUGUUUCAGCACUGAUAUUACCUAAUUCACCUACUUAUGCUUAUUUCUUAUAACUAUUCGUAUUGUCUCUUUUAUGUUUCAAAAAGUCCAAGAAAAAAAAGGGAAUCAUUCGCGGAGAAUACUGAUCACCAGUACAUAAUAUGUCGAAAACAGUUCUUAUUCUUGGUGCUUCCUAUGCUGGCCUGACAGUUGCUCAUAAGUCAGUCUAUUCAGCUACGUAUGGAUUGGAGAUAAUAACUGAUGUUAUGCAGGCUUCUCAAAUCGACUUUGCCAGCAGUUCCUGACCUCAAAAUUGUCUUGGUCUCUCCUACCACACACUUAUAUUGGAAUAUGGCUUCAGUUCGAGGUUUGUACUAAUUCUAUUCAUACUUGAAACAAAUUCUCACAGAUGUAAACAGCGAUUAUCCCAGGUCAAUUUGGAGAUGACAAGGUAUGCCGAUACUAUGUCCUGAUCUUGCGUUGCCUUGUUAUCUGACUGACACUUUCCUCAGAUGUUCGCAGAGAUUGCGCCUGGUUUUUCCAAAUAUCCCAGUGAAUCAUUCGAGUUUGUUCUAGGCACAGCGACGAGUAUGGACACAAGUGCCAAAACAGUCACGAUCAAAACUAUUUCCGGGCCCGAGUUACUUCAAACAUACGAAACAUUGGUCAUUACUACCGGUAGCCAUACGAUUGGCGAGGUACCGUGGAAAGGAGCACCUUCGGGAUAUGAACAAACCAAAGAACUCCUUCAUAAAUACCGAGAGAAAGUUGCAAGCGCAAAAUCUAUUGUGGUGGGAGGCGCAGGACCAACUGGGGUAGAAACUGUUGGAGAAUUGGGCUUUGAAUAUGGGAAGACUAAGAACAUUAUCCUAGUACGUACUAUUGCAUAAAUUUCCUCUCGGGUGGACAAAAGCAUACUGACCGAGAAACAGAUAACUUCUAGUGACGAAAUUCUGAAAGGAGCAGUUACUAGCCCUAUAGCCUCGUCGGCACAGAAAGAGCUCGAAAAACUGAACGUUGAUGUGAGGCUUAGAACGAGAAUUAACUCGGCAAAAUUGUUAUCUACUGGUCAAACAGAGCUUUCACUCUCUUGCAGCGAAAAACUUCUUUGCGACCUCUAUUUACCCAGUGUCGGCACUAUCCCAAACAGCGACUUCAUUCCAAAAGAAUUGCUAGAUGGACAAAAUUUUGUGAAAGUGGAUCAAUAUCUAAGAGUUCAUGGAAAUGAGGAUAUAUGGGCUGCGGGUGAUAUCAUCGAUGCGCAACCAAGUCAAUAUGUCUACGCCGAUAAACAGGCUCUCGCGCUAGCAAAAAACCUAGAUUUGGUUCUGAGGUCGAAAAAUCCAACAGUGUAUAAGACAGACGGCGCUCCCAUCCUAGCCGUUGCUCUGGGGCGUAGUAAAGCUACAGGCCGAUCUGGAAAUUUCAAAUUACCUAGUCUAAUUGUUUGGUUUGUCAGUGAGUAUUUUUCACCCUGUCCAAAGUUUCCUCCCACCCUUCCUUACUAACACACUCACUCUACAGAGGGCCGUACUCUUGGCACGCAAAAUUUACUUCCAUAUGUCAAUGGUACUAAAUUUUGAAGGGCUCAAAAGUUUUAUGUGUUAUGUAAUGAGAUUGCGAUGUAAUAAUGAGUAUGUAUAAUUAUGGGUUGUGUGUUAAUAGUCAGGCGUCGUAUGGGUUGGAUAUAUCCUCAAGCUUUAAUUGGAAAUAAAAGAAGGGUUUGGGAAAAUACAUAUAUAUAUUUCUUUUUAAUGUUAGUAAUAAUUCACAUUGUAUGUAUACUUC